AACAAAAAAAAAGAAAAGAAAAAAAGUUUACUUCUACUUUCCCAAAAGCAUCAGCAACCCUAACACACGAGAUCAAAAUCGAAAAUUUCCCAGAAAUCAAACGAAACCCAUUCCCCAAAUCUACAAAUUCAAUUCACCAUCUGAUUCCUUCAAUGGAGGCCCCGGGCUCAUCGAAGAAGAUGAUAGCGACGCAGGAGGAGAUGGUGGAGGCGAAAGUGCCGCUGGCUUACAGAGACCAGUGCGCCCAUCUGCUCAUCCCCCUCAACAAAUGCCGGCAGGCGGAGCUCUACCUGCCGUGGAAGUGCGGGUCGGAACGACACUCCUACGAGAAGUGUGAGUACGAGCUCGUCAUGGAACGGAUGCUCCAGAUGCAGAAGAUCCGCGAGCGCGAGGCCCAGUUGAAGGUGGGAUCGUCGCAGCCCAUUCCGCUCAUCCCUAAAACCGCUAAUGCUUGAUUCGACAUUUUGACGAUGAUGAAUAAUCUUUCAAGGAAGAAGCUGGAAGUAUUUACAAUGGCAGAAUGUGGUAUGAGAACUCUUCCAUGUUAAUGCUUUGGUUUCCUCAUGGUACACCAGUUUGUAAUAAAUUUCGCACAUGAUUGUGUUUCAAUUUUACUUACUACUUUCCAGUGUUUUACCAAAAUAUCCAUGAAACCAGUGUUUUACUUCUAACUGUUGCAGUUUCAUAUACAAGCAACCAAUUUUUCUUCCCCA